CCAUUAAUCACGUAAAGAAUCCAAUACCUUCACUUAACAGUGUAUAUAUUUAUAUGCUUCAAGGCUACCCCUUUACCAAACAAUAAAAAUCUCACCUUUCUGUCUUCAAGUUUCCUUCUUUCAUUUGCAUCAAUGGCCAAUGUAGUGGAAUUGAAAGUGGGCUUACAUUGUGACGAAUGUAUCAAGAAAAUCCUCAAAGCUAUCAAGAAAAUAGAGGAUAUUGAAACUUACAACGUUGAUACUAAGCUGAACAAGGUUAUAGUGACAGGCAAUGUUACCAACGAUGAAGUCAUCCGUGUUCUUCAGAAAAUCGGCAAACAAGCAACCACUUGGGAAUCUGAUUAAUUUCACAAUUUUGGCUUUUCUUUUGAUUGAUUUUGGGUUCAAAAUCUACUGUAAUAGCUAGAAUAAAACAAAAUCAUUAUUUUUUUUGGGGUGAAGUUAAUUUUCAUUUAUUGCGAAAUUUAAAAAGUUCACAGACUAGGAUCUAAAGGAAGAGAGAUCUCUGUACCUAAUAUAUUACAAAUUAAUAAGAGAAAAGAAGUUAAAAAGCUUAAAA